AUGUCCACAUUGCAAUGCCUAAAUCAAGUUCAAGCAAAAACCUAUUUCAGUGUCCUUCAGUUUGGUGCUUGUGCUGAUGGAAAAACAGACAACAAUAAGGCAUUUAUGGCAGCAUGGAAUCAGGCUUGCAAUUCAUUGGGAGAAAAUGGUGUUUUGAUCCCAACAGGGAUCAGCUUCCAAUAUAUUGAUCAACUGAUGAUCAACGGUGGCGGAUCACUUGAUGGUGAAGGAGCCUCAGCCUGGCCCCUAAACAAUUGCAGUAAAGACCCAAAUUGUCCUCCUCUUCCUGUUUCAAUGAGACUCGAUUUCGUCACAAAUUCAAGAAUCAGCUCCAUAACAUCAAUCAACAGCAAGAACUUCCACUUCAACAUUUUUGCAUGCAAGAACAUCACAAUUUCCCGCAUUAGGAUUUCAGCUCCAGAGGACAGCCCCAACACUGAUGGAAAACACCUUGGCUCCUCUACUGACAUCCGUAUCUUGGAUUCCGUCUUCGGCACCGGUGACAACUGCAUUUCUAUGGGACCAGGAUCCAAGAACAUCAACAUUAACAAUGUUCAUUGCGGCCCUGGCCAUGGCAUCAGUAUCGGUAGCCUCGGGGGAUCACAGAUGGACGCGGAUGUUACUGGGAUUAUUGUGAGGAACUGUAGCUUAGUAGGGACAUCCAAUGGCAUAAGGAUCAAAACAUGGGCUCCUUCUUAUCCACUCCUUGUGUCAAAUCUUACAUUUGAGCAAAUUAAGCUAAGGAAUGUCUCCAAUCCCAUUUUCAUUGAUCAGCAAUACUGCCCUUCCAGGACAUGUGAUCAAAAGAGUUCCUCGAGUGUGAAGAUUAAAGAUGUUAAGUUUACACAAAUGUGGGGCACCACCAAGUCCCAGGUUGCAAUAAAUCUCCAAUGCAGCAAAAGCACUCCAUGUGAGAGGAUUGACCUCAAUGACAUAAACAUGGGCUACAUUGGACAAGGUAAAGGUCCCAAAGGACCUAUAAGUAUAACCUCUUCAUGUGCCAAUGUCCAUGGUGUUGCUUCUGGCAAACAACAUCCUUCCUCGUGCUUAUAGAUGUCGGAUUCAUGAUUGAGAAUAAACGGAGAGCCUGAAGGAUCCCAUGUCAAAUCAGUUUUAGAUGGGGGUCAAUGGGACAUGGCCUCAUCAGCCCCUUCUAACUUCACUCUUGAUUUUGGUCCACCAUGCAGAUAUUGGUAGAGAUUUAUGAAAUUUUUCAUACCUUCCAACCAACAAAAGAGAGUCCAAUCCAAGUCAAAUUCAAUAAAUCAUGUAUAUGUUAGGUGGCAGGGCAAGUGCCUCCCCUACUGGACUUAAUGUCCUCCUACUCAGCUCCUCGUUUUACUUCACAAGGACAUGUACGGUAGAGUUUCUUGCUUUCUUUUGUGUGGCUCUUUGAAUGGUUCUGUUGUACAUCAUAAUUUGUAUGUUUCCCUUUAGUAAUGAUAUGAUACCAUGUUGCUUACUUUUUUAAAAACAAAAUAUGUGAAUUUUUGUGUUUUGUAAAAUAAAUUGUUAUUUAUAAA